CAGCCUGCGGGCUCUCUGAACCUUCUUACCCUCGCACAUGCAGACAGCUCAGGGCGUGCUGGUGUGCUCUUCAUCCCCAACAUUGAGCAGGAGGAGAGCGCUGCUGGUCAUUUAUCUCCAAAGAGCGACUGGAGGCAGACGCGUCCUUCCACCUGCUGCUAAAAAGACGUCAACAUGUUCUGCAGACGGGCAUUGCAGGGAGUCGGGCCGCUGGCACGGUGGCUUCUGAGGCCCAUAUCCAAGAGCACUGCCCCGGUGCGACACAUGGCCUUAGGCGUUCCUGGAGGAUCCACCAACUUGGCGUACGUUGUUUUGUGUGGAGGAGGCCUUACCGCUGCAGUCGUCUAUGCCUAUAAAACAGUUAAUGGUGAUACCGAACGUUACGAGGACAGACUGGCCAACAUAAGCUCCGAGGAGAAAGCUGAAGUCACGUCAGAGGCUACAUUGUCUCCUCCAGCUGAAUCCGCCCCAGCAGAGGACGAACCGGCUCCCGGAGCUGAGAUCACACCAGAACCCGUUCCCGCUUCCCCAGAACCAGUGGCUGAGACGUCAGCCGAACUCACCGCUGACGCCAGCCCAGAAGAACAAGCAGCUGCCGAGGCGUCUGAGGCAGAUGCCACCGAGGCUCCAGCUGAGCCAGCAGACGCAGAGGGAGCGCCUGUUGCGGAGGAAGAGACUGCUCCGGAAGUUGAACCUGAAGUUUCAGCCGUGACCCCUGCUGAGGACGCAGCAGCAGAGAGCGCUGCUGUACAGGCCUUGGCUAGCUCCACCGCAGGGAUCAUCAACGCCUUCGUGGGUGAGGAGAGUCUGGGGGAAGCUCUGCACCAAAUGGAAAACGAUGGAAAGGAGCUGAACAACUUGAAGGAAGAUCUCCAACCACAUCCUCUAGAGACCACAGUGGAAACAUCUAUAGAGGCAGCUGUUUAUAUUGAAGAGCAAUUAUUUGAGGUGGAAGAAGUGCCACAUGGUCUAACUAUUGAAGAACUAUCUGCUGACCGGAUUCCAGCAGCUGACGCAGAGCAGGAGGAAGAGGAGAAGGAAAGAGCUGUUUCACUUCCUGAGGAAAUUGCUGAGGCUGAAGAAAACACUGCGAUCCCCGACUCUCCUUCGGAGGAAACCGUCUCCUCUUCUGAAGACUCUUUCUCCUCUGAUGAGGCUUCGUCUGCUGAGGAGGAGGCCACUGUCACUGCAGAGGCAACACCAGAGGAGGAGACUAAAUCUGAGCAGAUCCCUCUGGGGACAGUUGGUGAGACGACUCAGCUGGCAGCCGCCUCCACCGAGCCAAGCCUAGAGGUUCUUUCAAACACAGAACCAGAACCUCCAUCACCUGUGGCUCCAGCGGACAAGGAAGAACCCUGCCACAGCUGCCACUCUUCUCCAUCCUCCAGCAAGGAGGCGGCGCCACCUGCUGCUCUGGGAGAGGAUCUGCUCGACAUGGACAUCGCACAAGAAGCAAAGGAGUCCUUUGGCAAACCGUUGGCAAAACAAACCAUUGAGAAUGGAGUUGCGGUGACAGCCAUGUCGUGACAGAAAGUUUGCCUUCCUCAAUCAAACCUGGAUGGCAGAAGACACCAACAAAAGAAGAGGAGGUCACACUCUGAGGCGCUGUCUUUAUUAGCAGGUGUUAUUAUAGCUUUUGUCCACUAGGUGUCAGUAAUGCAAAACCUUCUAAGAGUUUUUAGGGAGUGAAAGUCUUUGAUAUUGUAAUGAACAGUAGCCUUAGAUAUUUCAGAUUUGCAUCACUGCUGCCCAUACACCCAAGUAUUUUUCAGUAUUUAGUUUUAAAGCUUUAAAAUGAGAAAGUCACGUGCUGUUAGAGAUAUAAAACUUUAAUGUUUCAAGAAAAAUGCCCAUAUUUUGACGCACACUUCAUUUUUUUUUUUAAAUUGUAUUGUUUAUUUCCAGAUGUUGCCCUGUUCAUCAAUCAGAUAUAGUGACGGAAAUCUGUGAAAUCCUCCAAAUUUAACAGAGCUGUUAAAACAAAAACUUAAUAACGAGGAUAACCAUCUACCUUCUCUUUGUCUGUAAUUUUGAGUGUAACUAAAGACUAUAUAAAAGAAAAAGAAAAAUGACUGUCCAGGCUGGGACAACAGUUUGAGGCAAGCAUUGCACAUCAUAUAAAGGAAGAUAUUAAGAAAAAUAAUGAUUGUAGAUGGGAUGUUUAUAUGUUUUUUGAACUCUGCAUGACUGGGACAUAAUGAGGAAUGUACUUGACAAGCAAAAGAUAGCGGUGUCGUCAUAGCAUACUCAUAUUUCAAAUAAAGUGGUGGACAAUCUU